AUGUACACUUCAACUCUCCUCUAUCUCCUUCCUUUACUGUCCCUCUCACUGCCUACUUCGGCAGCUGGUGGACCCACCCCUAGAGAAAUAUACGAAGCUGCCUCUCGACGGGCUGCCCUCUCUCCGCGGGACGACACGGACUCUCAUGGGCAUGGCAAAUACAACGCUCUACUGAACUCACAUGGUCAUGGACAUGUAGGAAGGAGGUCCCACGCUGGUGGAUUGGAAGGCAAAAAAUUGGUUAGGAGGAAGAAAGUCAAAGCUGGAAAAAGGGCUGGUUCCACCUGUCGUGCUUCUUCGGCGUCGGAAUCUACCGCCACCGCUACACUAGAAGCGCAACAGAACAACGCCAUCGCCAAAUCAUCUUCGUCAUCCUCAUCAUCAUCUGCUUCAACAUCUACCUACGCAGAAGAGACCGCCUAUCCUACGAUGUCAUCUUCCACCACCUCAGAAUGGCAGAGUUCCGCUACCACUGCAUCUGCAACAUCGUCGGCAGCGGCCGAGUCUACUUCUUCAUCAAGCACUUCGGGUAAUAGUUUGUUCCCUUGGGGUACGGGUAGUGCUAGCUGGACAACCUCAGACGGUACAUCCUUCGAAAGCGUUCUAAAACCACUCACUGCUGGAAAACUUCCUUCUCACGGUACAGCUCCCGACGGAUCCGAUUCGCUCGUCGCAGACUUCCCAGCCGGUACAGUCGGACUAACUUCAGCAGGAUUCUCAUUCUACACUACUGGUGCACACGAUGGUGUUGAAGUGGAUUCCGCUAAAGAAGUCUCUUUCUCUUACUCGGUCUAUCUUAAAGAUGGAUUCAAUUUCGUUAAAGGAGGUAAAAUGCCUGGAUUAUAUGGUGGUACGAGUUUGAGUCAAGCCAAGUCUUGCUCAGGUGGAAGACAAGAUUCGAGAGAUUCAUGUUUCUCUGCUCGUCUUAUGUGGCGAACCAAUGGUCAAGGAGAGAUAUACGACUACUUACCUGUACCAUAUACCGAUACCGAUACUGGAUAUGGUGAAUCCAUUCAACGAGGUGCAUACGAAUGGGCAACGGGUAAAUGGACUACGGUGGCGAUGCGAGUGAAAUUGAAUGAUGUAGGAUCAAGUAAUGGUGAACAAGAAUUGGUGGUAGAUGGACAUUCUGUGAUCAGCUUGAAAGAUGUCACGUUUGCUACGUCGGAGGGAACUAAGAUUUACGGUAUUAUGGCGCAGACAUUCUUUGGAGGACACACAGACGAUUGGGCUUCUCCAACCGAUCAGAAUAUCUGGUUCAAAGAUUGGUCACUUGCUGUGCUUUCUUAA